AUGGAAGCAGUACAUUUUUACACUCUCCCCUCCCAGGGGAAGCACAGAUCGCUGCUCCCCGGCGCUCUGUGCCCCCCUGACCUCUGCCUCGGCUCAGUCCCCGCAGAUUUUGGCAAACGCGUGUACCAGGGAGUGCGAGUGAAGCACACGGUCAAGGACCUGCUGGCUGAAAAGCGAUCCCGCCAGGGCAGCGCCUCCCGCUUCACCGGCAGCACCAGCACAGCACAGUCACCCUUUGGCCAAAUGCCAGGCUCGCCCACCACGGCUGGUUACUACGGCGGGCGCAGAUCCUUCCCGGCCGAGCUGGAUUUCCACAGCAGCAAGCAGUGUGUCAGCGAUGUCUACCCCUCCUCUCUGGGCUCCAAACCCUUCUCCUGCGACCCCUCUGCCCCCCAGGGCUACCCAGCCCUCCUGGAGCCCUAUCUCAGCGAGCAUUUUGGGGAUCACCGUGCUGCUCCUCCUCCUCUCCCAGCUGCUGCCAGCUCCUUCUUCAGCGCUGCGGCCGUGCCCCCUCUCCUGCCACCCUUCCCCAGCGACACCGGGCACCUCCUGCUCGUGACCAGAGCUGCUUCCCCGUUCCGAGGCUCAGGCUGGACCCCAGCCCUCCCUGGAGCCCAGCCCUACCCUCUGCACCCCCUUGAAGAUGCCCACUACUCCCCCAGCUACGCUGCCACCUCGCCCUACAGCUUGUCCCCGUUUGUGGCCAGGCAGGCUGCUCUGGCCCCUUUUGGCCGGCGGUGUGGGGCCGGGGCUGGGCUGUCCGUGCCGCAGCACCGGGUGCCCGGCGAGGCGCUGCCCGCUCCGCCUCGGGAUGUCCGGUAA